CACCGCCCCCCGGGCCGGCCCCGCCGCGCAGCGCAAACACACGUGUUGACCCCAGCCUGCCAGAGUGCCAGGCAGGCAACACGGGGUGACGCGGACACGGACCCCCCAAUUAUUCACACACACCCGUUCACCGCCCGCAGGCAGGCAGGCAGCCAGCCAGACAAGGGUCUUCAUCGCCCCUGCUCUGCUCCUCUCCUCCCUCCCUCCCCAAUCCCGAUCCCAGCCCCGCCGCCGCCCGCCGCCAAAUCCAGCCCAACCCGCGCCGCGAUGAGCUGGUGGUGGACGGGCGCGAUAGGCGCGGUCAAGAAGCGGCAGGACGAGCAGGCGGCGGCCGCGGAGCCCUCGUACCAGAGCGUGGCCCUCGUCGUCGGAUCCACCGGCAUCGUCGGCACCUCCCUCCUCGACAUCCUCCCGCUCGCCGACACCCCGGCCGGUCCAUGGAAGGUCUACGCCGUCUCGCGCCGCCCGCUCCCGCCCUGGUCCCCGGCGCCCUCCCCCGCCGUCACCCACCUCCACCUCGACCUCGCCGACGCCGCCGCCGUCCACGACGCCCUCACACCCCUCACCGACGUCACCCACGUCUUCUUCGUCGCGUGGACCAGCCGCGCCACCGAGGCGGAGAACCGGGAGGCCAACGCCGCCAUGCUCCGCAACGUGCUCUCCGUCGUCGUCCCCAACUGCCCCGCGCUCGUCCACGUCUGCCUCCAGACGGGGCGCAAGCACUACGUCGGGCCCUUCGAGGCCAUCGGCAAGGUCGCCACCCCGGAACCGCCCUUCACCGAGGACAUGCCCCGCCUCGACUGCCCCAACUUCUACUACGACAUGGAGGACGUCCUCUUCGACCACGUCUCCCGCCGCGGCGGCGCCGUCAGCUGGUCCGUGCACCGCCCCACCACCGUCUUCGGCUACUCCCCGCGCAGCGCCAUGAACCUCGUCGGCAGCCUCUGCGUGUACGCAGCCAUCUGCCGGAAGGAGGGCGCCACGCUCCGGUGGCCCGGCUCCAGGGUCACCUGGGAGGGGUUCAGCGACGCCUCCGACGCGGACCUUAUUGCCGAGCACGAGAUCUGGGCCGCCGUCGAUCCAUUCGCCAAGAACGAGGCCUUCAACUGCAGCAACGGGGAUAUCUUCAAGUGGAAGCAGCUGUGGCCGAUCCUCGCCGAUCACUUCGGGGUGGAAUGGGCUGGCUACGAAGGGGAGGAGAACAGGUUCAGGCUCGAGGAUGCCAUGGCCGGGAAGGAAGCCGUCUGGGCGGAGAUUGUCAGGGAGAAUGAACUUAUAGCGACGGAGCUUGACGAGAUCACCAAUUGGUGGUUCGUCGAUGCCAUGUUUGCCGUCGAGACCCAGCUUCUGGACAGCAUGAACAAAAGCAAGGAGCAUGGCUUCCUGGGCUUCAGGAACACUGUCACCUCUUUCAACACAUGGAUCGAGAAGAUGAAGGUCUUCAAGAUUGUUCCUUGAUUCGUCCCUGCAAUUCAGUUCUCUACUGUUGCUUUCACAUCCUUUCUGCGCGCGCCUUAUUAUCUUGCCCAUUUAUCAACUUCCAGGUCUCUUGUAAUUUAGUUCUGUUUCAUACAUUUUGCUAUCUAUGCCUGGUUUGCAUGUUGUAUACUGUUGUAUACUAGGAACAAAUAAAGAUGAUCAACACAUUGCAAAUGAGUUAUUCUUGUUCAGCUUCA